CCCCCUACCCCCGCAACGGCGCGCUCUACGCGGCCCUCUUCGACGUGGUCCCCUUCUCUCUCAUGCCAGAUGAAGCAGCGCACUGUUGACUCCCCCGCUCCUGCUUAUCGCGGAAGCCGUCGCCCGCGCCACACCGAGGAAAGUUUCCGGUCCACUUCGCUUCCUCUCGACGCUUCUGUCGAAGUCGGCCAAGAUCGGGCGACACGGCGGCGGAUCUGCCGGCGGAUGGGCGAUUCCGAGCCGGUCGAGGUCUGCGUCGAGCAGGACCAAGUGGAGCACGUCGAGUUCCUCAACACUCAAUCCCGUUCGCAGAGGAAGACGAAGCGCCCACCAAUCUGACUCCACCGAGGCUCUUCGUCGCCGCAUCCGUUCUUUUCCACUCCGACCCACGCCGACAUCCUCAGAUCCGGAGUUAAUCACUUUGAUUCGUCGUGUUGCGGCCCAGAUCUUCUGUUCCUCAGAAUGGACCCAACAAACAAUGCCAAAAAUUCUCAGGCGAUGUCAAACAAUUCAAGUGGUCAGCAAUUUCCCCCCACCCCUGAUAUGGCCUAGGGGCUUCGUGCACCAGCAACCUAUGGAUUGCACCAUGAUGGGCAACCUAAAUUUUCCUAAUGCAGCUCAAGGUCCAACAAUAAUGUGGGCUCCCAUUCAGACAGGAAAUACAAGUUCCAAAUUAACCAUGCUUCCAGCCUCACAAUCUGCUAUGUAUUGGAACCAUUACAUGAACUUUGUCAGGAAUCCUUUUGCAGAUUCCUUUCUAGGUUCAAAUCCUAGUACACCAUUGCAGGGUUCGAAUACGGUACCUUCAAUACCUGUGAAGUUGGAGUCUGAUGCUGAACAUAGUGUUCAGGACAUAAAUAGUCCUGUAAAGAAUCCAGCACCUGUUAACAAACCAAAGAAAACCAAAGAACAAAACUUUACUGCUCCUGAAGACCUUAUACUUUGCACCACAUGGUUGCAAAUUAGCAGUGAUCCUAUUGUCCACACUGGACAAAGGAAGGAGGGACUUUGGGCACAAAUAGAAAAAAGGUACAACGAACAAAGGGCCAAGUUCCACUGUAGACUAAACCGAGCACUUAGCAGUAGAUGGGACAAGAUUCGAGCAGAUGUGAGUAAGUUCUCAGGCUACUACGCAAGAGUUCUCAGAGAGAAACAAAGUGGCUUGACUGACGACGAUAAGACUUCCAAGGCGGCUACAUUGUUUGCACACGAAGAGAACAAACCAUUCCAUUUUAUGCAUUGCUGGCAUCAACUGAAGGGGGAACCCAAUUGGGAGAGCAUCUGUCAAGGAAAUGUAUUUCGAGGAAUACAUGGAAAAUCAAUUGGAUCUUCUGGUACUCCAUCAGCUGGUGAACAUGAAUCUGAUAGUGGUUCUGCUGGUUUGACAGGAAACACCCUCUUGGUCGUGAUUCUAGUAAAACUGAGAGAAAGAAAGCUGUGUCAUCAUCGUCGACGGAAUACUUAAGCCGUCUGCAAGAUUUAACUGAAAAACAACUUCAGCGCUGCAUAGAAAAGGGUGAGAAGAAAGAAAAGUGCACUGAACAAGACAGGGAACUAGAGAAAAAGAGGUUGGAAUUGGAAGCGAAGUUAAGCAUUCGUGAAAGGGAAUUGAAACUUGAAGAACUCCAAUCGGCCAAACAACAAUUGCAGAUGUUGCAGUCUACUAGUGAAGACGAAGUGGAUCCUGAAGUUUGGAUUAUGAUGAAGGAGCACAAAAAACGCUUGCAGCAGUUCAUUUUUAGUUUUCAGUAAAAGUACUGUUGUGUCACAUGCCGUACUAGUGGUGCCGAAACCUGUUUCAGAAUUCUGUUCUAAGUUCAUUGUGUUAUUUAUUUUCUCAAACAUUAUAAAGUUGUUGUAACCAUAAGUCUUGCAUGACAUGUUGGUUCUAUUUAAUGUUAUAACGUGUGUACUACAUAAUAAUUCA